UGACCGCGAGUCUGAAGGGACGUGUUGGAGAGGCGCUCCUUCUGGCUCGGUCACAGUGGGUUUGAGGAUUAGAGUUUUAACACUAGCUGGCACAAAGCAAAAUGCAUUAAUCUCCAAGUGAACAUCGAAAAAUAAUUUGUGAAUCAUUGAGGACAGUAUUAAACGAAGUGUCAGCUAGUUGUGAUAAAUUUGUUUUGCUCACCUGUAAUCUGGAGAGAAUAUAGGCAUAAUCAUAAAUAGAGUGCAAAUUAUGAUUGGAAAAUUAAGUUAAUCAAACUCACAAAAAGAAAGGGGGCGGUGGAAAUGCAUUUUGCCAAUGCGUGUGCAUCACAAAGAUCUGAAUCGACCUACACAUACUAACUUGUGAUUUUCUGGCAUCAAGGCAAAAUGAUUUUACAGAAGUGUUUAGCCUGGAUCACCAUCUUCUAUCAACUUCACUAUGGUUGGUGUCUGUGCUACUUCCCCGGGGAGCUGCAGGGGAAGUGGGCCACGCAGGGUACGACGAGCCGGGGUGCGAGGGGAUCGAGGGCGCCCGUAUCCUACCAACACAUAACCAUCACGGCCGACCUGGUGCUGGAGUGGGGCACCUGCCACGCGCGCGUCGACAACAACGUCAUUCUCACCGACAGGACGGGCGGCACGACCUGCUUCCGGUGCAUCAGCCUCAACGUGAUCUCGCCCAAAGUGGUGCAGGUGUGGACGCUGGGGAUCAACGCUUGCUACACGAGUGAGUCCGAGGCUUUCUCUACCUGCCCGCCCGCACCCGCCAUCGCCACCCGACACGCCCGCGAAAUCAUGCUGUACAAAGUGAAGUCCGACUGGGACGAGCCCGAGCUGCCCAUCGAGUGCCCCUUGAAUGGCCGAUACCGAUUCACGUACCGCCGCGGGGGGAACGGCGUCACGGCGGCGUCUUGCGAGCAGCUGACGUCCGAGUUCUCCAACUGCCCCUACGGCUUCGGCUUCAACGUCAACUACCGCGACUGCUCCGGCUCCGGCCUUCAGCGAACGGAUCUGCAGUGCCUGGGCGCGUGGGUGGGCGAGGACGGCAAGAACUACCUGGCCGUGCGGGACGCCCGAAUCAGCGACGGAGACCCCGAGCCGCAGUACAGGUGUGGGAUGUUCCUGGAGGAGGCCGGGACGGGCAGGGUGUUGCUGGCCUUCAGCGAGGAUUCUACUUGCAUCAAUGGACUCAACUCUGCCUCCGAUGGCUUCGAAACCUACGACCUCGCAUCGUACCCCGCCCCCCCGUUGCCCCCUCAGGUGACGCAGGCCAACUGCACCUUCCCGCGGUCGCUCUUAGGCUAUUGGCACCACACCUAUGUGGAGGAGAGGACCAUCAUGUUCAAAGACUACCGCAACUACAAGUCGUACACUGCCACUUGUGUCCAAGACUUGAACGAUGGAGAACGGUUUAUCGUGUAUGCCCGCACGCACUGCGGCGAUUGGAACUAUAACUGCAUGUGGCUCAAGAGACGCAGUGCCAACAUCUUGGAGUUCAUGCUGGGUCUUUACCCGAGCGAGGUGUUCGACGACCGCCUGUGCGACUAUGCCAAGUUCGGAGAUAUGACUUCGUGGAUCACACAAGGAAAAUCCCUCGUCGAGGCACCGACAGCGUGUCCUAUUGUUGGGAACUACGCGGGGGAGCUGCCGGACGCGAAAGGGAUAUGUUCGCAGCUCUAUUCGGACUGCGACGCCCCCGAGAUUAUGUACUACACAGUCAGUGAAUGCAGGAACACCACCGCCAUCUAUGAACAGCGGGAAUAUCAGUGCUUAGGGCAGUGGGAGGAAGAGGGGCGCCUGUACGCCUUCACUUAUCGUAGGGAUGUCAAGAUCUACGAGUGCUUUGUGGGAGUAAUCAAGCCCUCAGGCGUAGUCUUCAUCAAAGAAGCGGGCCCUGUGUGUUCCAGGGGUGUUCAGCCUGAGGUCCUGGGUAUGAAGCUGCACAGGAAAGAGGCGUGCGUGCCCCCCACGCGAGCGAGUCAGAGCUCCCUCGUAACGGAUUACACGCCACGGGCCACCAGGCCUCCGUGGCUUAGAACAACUCGACCCUGGAAGCCUAUAACAGGUCGACCAAGUAGUCGUCAUUCCGGAUGUGGAGGAAGAUCGUCCGAUUUGCUCUACACCCUGCUUUUGGUCACACUUGCAUCUCUAUCUUGGCUUAGGAGCUGCAGUGUCUAGCAGUCUUAUUUAUCUCUGGAAGAAUCAGUAUCUUGUACAGAGACGAAGCUGGAGAUGAUAUGGGUCUUAGCCAGUUGUAUAAUUUAAGUGAUUAUUUGAAAUGAAAAGUAUAGUCCUGGAAAAUUAAUAUUUUGAUGGAUAUUAUCAAGAUGAACUCAAGAUCAAAGAGAAAAGGAUAAGAAUGUUUUAUUAAUCAAGUCACCAACUAGUCAGAUUUUUUUGUCUUUAAAACUUAAAUUAAAAAUGCAUUUUAUACCAAAUUAAUAGCAUACAUAAAUUUUAGUAGGCCAUUAAUACUACAAAUGAUAUUGAUAGCUUUACUAGACUUAUUAACAUUUAAAGAAGUAGUAUAUGAUUUUAAUUCCUUAUAAAAGAACUCUUAUGAUGCAUAACUUAAAAUAUUAUUAAAUUCAUGUUAGCUUACAUAUAGCGAAAUUGUACUGGAUGUAUCUCAGUUUGUAUAUGUUUAGGAGUCAUUUAAAACUUUACGAUGUGUCAUAUUUUUUGUAGUUUUUAUGCACGGUCAUUUUAAGAUGUUGUAAGUAUUAGCUUUAUUUUCUCUAGUGAUGCACACCAACAAGUCAAGAUUUCAAAUUAUGUUGCUGUUGAAUGUAAUGAUAUUAAUAGAUCAUUAAAUAAAUAUAUAAAUAUAUUACAUGCUGACUACCUGUGCAUUCACAUGAAUGCUUUUUCACCAGUGAAUAGUUGUUAGAUUAUGUAUAAGCACAAGUAGUUUUAUGAGACUAAGACGACCCAUAUUUUGCAUGUAAUAUUUGUGGGCCAUCUUUUUACGACAACAGAUUCUAUGUUAAGCAGGCAUUUUCCAGAUUUGUAAGAAAGAAGCAUUUAUGUUCACACUUUUCUACAGUGGCUUCAGCAUUACCCUGUUAAAAUGAAGUACUUGUAUGGCUUGUUUAAGAAGCUCCAUUUGUCACAUUAGGAAUUAUGAUACCACUUUCGAUGUUUUUUUAGUUACUUGUAGGAAAUUGUUUAUGGAAUGAUAGUAAUUUCUAUUUCUAUUCUAUCUAUACUAUCUGUAGAAUUAUACCUAUUCUCCUUAUAGUUUUGCAUAUUUUUGUACAUGGGUUUAUUUUUAACUAUUUCAGCCCCACUUCUUUGACUUACCUUGGGAUAACCUGUUAUGAUUUGACUGAAUUUUGAUUUGGAAUAAUCAGAAGCGUUCCCAUUGCAGUUAGUAAUCAGAAAUUCUUCCAUUGAUGAGUAAAAGCCCAAUGGACUCAGACAAGCAUUUAAUAAAUUUCCAAUUUUCUUCAGAUAUUACAUUCCUCAUUCCCCUUCAUAACAACUCAUGGGUCCUAAAUAAUUUCAUUUUUUAUUUUCAAGACUGUGUAGGAUAAUAGUAAUCUUUAUUUCCUGUCAACAUUAUUUGUUGGUUUACUUUGAUCUUUCCCAUGGAAUUUCUUUUGCAAGAUUCAAAAAUAUAUAUAUUUUUAAUGUUUUAGCAGUGAAUGACAUAUUACAAAUGUAUUAUAAUAGCAUAAGGUAUAUUGAUAAGAUAAUGUUAAACUGAUUGCUAGGUACCAAAUAUUGCUGUACAGUAUUUCAUCCUGUCUUCUAUGGGAAAUAUGAAAUACACGGGUCUACAAAACCAUACAGUAUUUAUCCAGCCAUUGCCAGAAGAGUAGAUAUACCAAAAUAUGAAACCAAACUACAGAAAAAAAUGCUCAAUUAUUCUCAUUGUUUUCUGAAAGCGAAGCAGCUUGAAUAUCUUCUCAUUUGAUAAGUGGUUACAUGGAAUUACUUAAGAUGGUGAUGCCUGCUAAGUGUUGUACAAAAAUAUUUAUUCUUGUAUGUUAUUCUUUUUGUGAAUACUAACCCUUCUGCACAUCCAGUUGUAUAUUGAGGUAUAAACACACUUAUUCAAAUAAAAAAGUGUUUUUCUGU